AAAACACCUCAUCUAUGUUCAUUCGAAAGGUCAAGGUGGUUAAUGCUCGUGGGGUUUAUAUCGGUAAUGUAGCGCUCCUUUAAAGCAUACCCAAAUUCAUGGAACGAAACCUCAAUUAUCAUACUAGUAAAAACACUGGGAAAAUGACUCUCCACGCCGAUGCCGCCGCAGGAGCGCUUACAAGCACGACACUGGCAUGCUACCUCCACAAAGCUGAUAUCAAUGAGCAGUGCAAAGAAAAGGGAAAGGGAACCAUCGGCCUGACCGCACUUGCUUUAGCAGCAAAGAACGGACAUAUUGAAGUCGUCCGACUCCUCCUCGACCACGGCGCCCAGGUCGAUGCCGCCUCAAGCCAAAAUAGAACCCCCUUGUGGAUCGUUACCACGCAGGGACAUGGCCCUCAUAGAGCCGAAAUUGUCGAACUCUUGCUCCGGCGCGGGGCCAAUGCUAGAUCCUCUCAUCCUGAGCUUGACGGAGGUUCGAAACCUCUUGAGAACGAGUUGUUGAACCUCAAAGAUCCAGAGGUGAUCCAGCUACUAGUAGAAGCGAAAGGAACAACAGCUCGGUCUGAGAAACUCGCAGCGGCAGCUUCCAACAGUGAAAUCGACGAUGCUAUGAUCUCUACCACCAAACGAAGAAAGCUACGGGCUGCCAGCGUCAACCUCGUAACGGCAUUUCUGAUUUUCGUCCUUACUGUGAUUGACAACGCCGCAAUCACAAGAAUGGUGCUCAAAAUUUUCGCCACUACCCAAAAGAGCGACAUCAACCCUAAACCCGCAGAAGAGCAGCAAUCGAGGUUUCGCAGCACUGGGGGAAAUCUCGGCGUGGUCGGGCUUGACUGAGCAAUGAGGAGGGUACAGACGAGACACAAUUCUGCGAGAAGACCAAGCACUGGAACUCUGAGAUAUUGUUUGAUGAUCCUAUGAACUUCUUUAGUUAGCUAUUUGCUGGCAAUCGUCGUUCUAACUUCAAAUGGAACUAAAAGUUUAAGAUCAAUUUUGCUUAGCAACCCACCCUGUAUCAGCUAUAUCCUGGAUAUUUGCCGAGGGGUUUGGUAAAAUAAUCCCAUGCAGGAUGAUUUGAGAAGCAACGAAUCAACCAGUUACGAGGGAUUUUUAUAUAGGCCGAGGUGAUGGAACCAACGUAGGAGCGUCCAAUGGCGAUAGCAACGAUUCGGACAGAAUUGGAAUACAUUGCUGAUACAAGGGCCCCAGGCCCUUUCACCUCAGCCCCUCUGCCCAAUAUCCAUGCAUUAGGGAAAUGCAAAGAGAGAUUCUCAAGCCACCUUGUGCGUCGUUGAGCCCUUGUGGAGCCACGUACGGCCCGUGGAAUGGACAGUUAGCUAUCACCUCAAGGGUGCCGGUGUACUAGCAAGUACUCAUGUGUACCGCCGUGCAAACGGAAGCCUUGCAAUCCUCAAGGAUAUUACGGAUGUGUAUAUGCAGCCAACGGAGUCAGCUUCUUCCUUUACUGAUGAUGAGAAAAUUCAAGGAUUCGAC